ACAAUAUACCUAUAACAGAAACAUCCCCUGCCCACAACGAGCUUACAGUCUAGAGGGUCCAGUCCACGGAGAGUUAUAAGCUUGUGUUUGCCUAGCGGCUCUGCCCCUUGGCACACGGGUGGCACACAUGGGCGGCAUAUGCAGGCGCUUCCCGCGCUCCCCUGCUGUCGUGAGCCAAGAUGUCGCUGGUGGACCUGGGCAAGAGGCUGCUGGAGGCCGCCAGGAAAGGGGAAGAUGACCAAGUGCGAGUGCUGAUGGCCAACGGGGCCCCCUUCACCACCGACUGGCUGGGCACCUCGCCCCUGCACCUGGCAGCCCAGCACGGUCACUACUCCACGGCGGAGGUGCUCCUGCGGGCCGGGGUCAGCCGGGAUGCCCGUACCAAGGUGGACCGGACACCCUUGCACAUGGCCGCGGCCGACGGACACACCCACAUCGUCGAGCUGCUCGUCCGGCACGGCGCCGACGUGAACGCCAAGGACAUGUUGAAGAUGACGGCCCUGCACUGGGCGGCGGAGCGCCGCCACCGCGACGUGGUCGAGCUGCUCGUCAAGUUCGGCGCCGACAUCCACGCCGCCAGCAAGUUUGACAAGUCCGCCUUCGACAUCGCCCUGGAGAACAAUAACCCGGACAUCUUGAUCCUCCUCCAGGAGGCGAUGCAAGGCCAGGUGAGCGACGACUCCGACCGCGCCAGCCCCGCGCCCACGUCCUUCAUCCUCACGGCCGGCGACGUCGUCGGCCUUGCCGGCCUCGUGUCCUCCGCCGGCGCCAAGAACCCCGCAGAUGACUCCCACUCCUCUGGCCUGCAGUUCUCUCACUCCACGUCCGUGCUGGCCACGCUGGCCGCCCUGGCAGAGGCGUCGGCCCCCCUGUCCGGCUCUGCCCACAUCCAAGCCUGUGACGAGGAAGUGGCCGAAAUCCACACCAUCGAGUCGGCUGUGCAGCACGUGGUGGGGGGCGGCGGCCAGAGGGUCAUCGCCAUCGUGGCAGACGGCGUCCCCCUGGGCAGCCUGCAGGCAGCCAUUCCCGGCGGUGGCAUCGGCCAGCCCUUCAUCGUGACGAUGCAGGACGGGCAGCAAGUUCUAACUGUACCUGCCGGUCAGGUUGCAGAGGAGACCGUGACCGAGGAGCAGGCUGAGUCCGAGCCCGACUCCGACCCGCUGUCCCUGGAGGAGGAGCCGCAGGAGGAGGAAGCCCCGGCCCCGCCGCCCGCCAAGAGGCAGAGGACCGUGCCGUCGGACCCCGGUGCCCAGGACGGCAAGGAGGGAGCCGAGAGGGAGCUGCUGCAGCAGCGGCUGCGGGAGGCCGACCGCCAGGCGCAGGAGUGCCGGCAGCAGCUGCUGCAGAAGGAGCGGGAGGCGGAGCGCUGCCGCCGCCGGCUCCAGGCCAUGGCCCGGGCCCAGGCGCUGCCCGACGGGGACACCGUGCUUAUCGUGGGGCCGCCCGACGGGGCCUUGGGCCUGCACCUGGGGGGCCUAGCAGCUGAGACCGGGGGAUCCUAGCGGCUCGCUUCCCCCGGACCCGGGGGCGGAUGAUGCCAGCGGGCCUGGAGCGUGGCAGCCUGCUCCACGGAACUGGGUGAUGCGUGGAGAACAGCGCGGGAGAGGCUUCGUGGUGGGGCGGGGGCCGCAGAGCAGGGCAACCAGGGCAGGGGUCGGUGCCGGGGUGGGCACGGGAGACGAGGCAGGACCCGGCACGGCUUUCUGUCUUGAGGAAGCCCUGAGCACCAAGCGGAAACUUUUACCUAGUCGGGAAAGUGUGGGCAGCCCCGCCCCCCGUGCCUCGGGUUUCCGUUGGCUUCUCCAGGAGGCCUGGUCCUGGGGGCGCAGGGCAGUGCCCCCGUCGCCCUCACCUCACGCACACUCUCGUCCGGCCUCGUGAGCCGAACGGGAGAAUGGCGUUCCCCUUCCCCACUGUCUGCCUCGGUCAAGUUGUUCCGAGGGGCCGGGCCUGUUUGGAUCAGAACCAGCAGGAGGCUGGGCCCCGGGCACAGAACUCAGUCCCCCCGUUCCCCAGCCUCCCUCCUCUCCCCUCCCCGCUCUGCCGGGCUGCCAGCUGGAAGCCGGAGUUUUCCAGAAGAGCUGCCCGGAGAGAGAGUGGGGGCAGGGAGGGGAUCCGAUUUCAGAGUUGCGGCUGCUUUGGCAGGGCAGCCAGGAGGCCCGAGGCCCACCUCCCUUCCUCCCUCCCUCCCUCCCUCCCUCCGGGACGCUUCUCUCAGUGGGCCCCAUAUGGAGCGCACGUCCCAGACUGGAGACCUGGCUCCGAUUUGUGAACAAGGCCCGCUGUAUCUCUGUUGCCUUCCAGGAGGUAUCUGUUCUGUCCCCCCAUGUCCCUUCCCCACCACCCCUCCACACAUACACACACUCUCUCUCUCCUCCCCAACCCCCCAGUAGAUCCCCAACCCCACCAGGUGGCCCAGAUUUCCCCAAGCAGCGCCAGGCCCUGUGGGUUGGCAGAAGCUCCGUCUCUCCAUCUCUCCAGCCGCCCCUCCCUCCCUGGAGGGAGGCCCCAGGGGGCCCAGUUUUCCUUCCUUCCUUCCCAUUCUUGAACUGGAGGCGACACUGGCCUCCCACUUGUCCCGGAGCCCUCGUCCCUGCGCGGCCAGUGUUCCCUUAUUCGCCGCGCCCUAGGUGGGGCGGAAGGGGAACCGUUUCCUGGAAGCCCCCAGGGACGAGCCCAGGGCGGGGGCCCUCAUCCCCCUGGACACUUCCAGGCAGGGAGGGCUUCCUUCCCUGAUGGCUGGUUGCGGGGGGGCGUCCCCGCCCAGCCACCCCCUGCCCCGGGAGCCAGGGCCAGGUUUCUCCCAGUCUGAUCCCUCCCCUCCCCCACCACACGUGCCAGGCCAGGAACGUGGCCCGGCACCCGCCUCAGGAUUCCCGGGAGCCGCCGCGCACUCCCUGCGCGGCCCCCCUACCCUGCCUUAGUAUCCCGGCUGCUCCCUGGUGCCCAGGGAUCCUCCUCAAGGAAGGCGCUCAGCGGCCAGAGGGAACUGUGCAUGCGUGCAUCUCCACAUACAGA